AUGAUAAAGACAAAUAAUGAAUUGAAGAAGUGGCAGAAUCAAUAAGGGAACUCUUAAAUAUUUCGUAUUUCUAAAAUGAAACCACAAUGUUUCGAUAUUUCACCAUGUCGCAAAAUUAUUUGUGUUGGAUAUACUAAUAAGUGUCUAAUCUUUUGGGACUUUGUAAAUUGUUUGAAAUUAUCAUGCCAUCAACUCUCCUUUAUUCCUAUGUAAAUAUUGUAUUCAGGAGAUGGUAAAUACUAACUAAUUAGAUCAAAAUAAAAUCCUAAGAAAAUUUAUAUCUAUAAAUUGUCUAACAUGGAAUAUGAGGAAAUAGUUUAAUCACAUUAUUUAUAUUAGAAGAUAUUGCAAUUUAAUUCAUCUCAAAAUCAUGAGGCCUUAAUGAUGGGAUUAUCUCAUAUUAGCAUCAUAAACUAUAAAACUAAAUAGAUAUAAAAAUAAAUAGAUUUUCAAUUUGUCUCUUUAACUUCUCUAAAAAAUAAAUAACAAAUAUGCACUAUUGACUGUCAUGAUGAUAGGGGUCAAAUAAAUAUACUAUAACUUAGAAGAAAUCUUAAGAUAAUUAAGCGAACUUUUUUUAAUGUUUAAGAUGGCAAUAUAAAUAUCAAAACAAGCAACAAUAAUUCUUUUAUUGUUACAAGUAAUAAAUCAAAAAAUAGAAUUUGGAACAUUUAAACUAUGAAAUUACUAAGAAAGAAACACUAUGGAGAAGAUUAAAUAAGCGAACUUACUAUAAAUUCAUUCUCAAAUCUGGUUUAUUUCCAUUUAAGUUCUUAUGGAAUUGUAGUAUGGAAUAUCACUACUGGUAGACAUAGAGUAAUAGUAGAAGAUUAAAACAAUCGACUAUCUAGUUUAUAAGUAAUAUCAAAUUCUUAAUUGGUAUAUAAAAGUAAUUGGCAUGUUCAUUCCACUGUUUGUUUCUGA